AUGGCAAACCCUGCAGCAGCAGGAACAGCACCAGCACCAGCAGCAGCAGCAGCAGCAGCAGCAGCAGCAGCAGCAGCAGCAGCAGCAAACCCCACACAGCUGCGGCAGCAGAAGAGUGCUGGGGUCGACUCACUAUAUGAAGAGGAGCCGCUCACCCCCCAGUACCCCUCUUCUGUGGCUACAGCAGCAUCAACGCCAGGCUCAACAACAGCAGCAGCAGCAGCAGCAGCAGCAGCAGCAGCAGAACAGUCUAGGAAGUCUGCUGCUGCUGCUGCUGCUGGAGAGAGCUCAUCGAAAAAACCAGCAGCAGCAGCAGCAGCAACAGCAGCAGCAGCAGCAGCAACAGAAAGAACAGCACUGCGGCUCCAGUCAACUCGCCGCAGCUCCACUGCUUCUACCAGCUGCCCAUACACCCCGAGACCACAGCAGCAGCAGCAGCAGCAGCAGCAGCAGCAGCAGCAGCAGCAGCAGCGAUCGAGUCUGCUGCAGCAAGCGCUGCUGGCCCUGGGGUUUGCCUCUGGUAGAGUUCAUACAUUUGGGGGCGUUGCUGCUUUCAGCAACAGCAGCAACAGCAGCAACAGCAGCAGCAGAGCAGCAGCAGCAGCAGCAGAUGUUCCCGCUGCAGCAGCAGCUCACAAAAGGCAGCCAUCAACACACCCGAGGGUCCCUCUAACCCAGCAGCAGCAGCAGCAACAGCAGCAGCAGCAGCAGCAGCAGUGGAGGCAGCAGCAAUACGAGCAGCAGCUAGCUGGAGGCAACUGGGAGCAGCAGAAAAGGCAGCGAAGGCUGCUGCUGCUGCUGCUGCUGCUGCUGGGGGGUUUGAGUUUAAUAUUUUUGGGGGCUGUAUGCUGGUCCUCUUCGCAUGCAGCAGCAACUCCUGCUGCUGCUGCAGCAGAGCAGCUGCUGCUGUCGCUGCAGCAAGCGGAGGAUGAGGGGCUGCUAGCUGGGGGCCCCAGCAGCGUUGCUGCUUCGGUGCGGCGGUACCUGCAGCAGCAGCAGCAGCAGCAGCAGCAGCUGCUGCAUCAUGCUUGGGUUUCACGACAGAAGCAGCAGAAGCAAAAGGAGCAGCAAACACCGCAGCAAGCAGCAGCAGCAGCAGCAGCAGCAGCAGCAGCAGCAGCAGCAGCUACACUCGGAUCCAGCAGCAGCUUCAUGGCCUCACUUAUUAUAAACACCACCACAGAAUACCUAUCUAUCCGAAAGGGGGCGCAGCAGCAGCAGCAAGCCUACAGUCUGCUGCUGCAGCACAUCAAAGAGCAGCAGCAGCAGCAGCAGCUCAAGGCUAUACUGGACAAACACCUGCACCAGCAGCAGCAGCAGCAGCAGCAGCAGCAGCAGCAGCAGCAGCAGGAAGCAGCCGUCUCUCAGCAGCCCACUCAAGAGGCUACGCAUAGACUCCUUGCUGCUGCUGCACCAGCUGAAGCAGCAGCAGCAGAUGCAGCAGCAGCAGCAACAGCAGCAGCAGCAGCAGAUCCUACAGCAGCAACGCCAUCAACAGCAGCAGCAACCAGAGACACCGCAGCAGCAACAGGCCCCUCAACAACAGCUGCUGCAGAUACUGCAGCAGCAGCAGCAGCAGCAGCAGCAGCAGCACCAGCUGCAGCAGCAGACACCCCACACUCUGCUGCAGCUCAAACAGCAGAGCAGCAACAGCCAAACGCAAACACAAAUAAAACCGAAACCCCUUCAACCACGCAGCAGCAGCAGCAGCAGCAGCAGCAGCAGCAGCAGCAGGAACUGCAGCAGCAGCAGCAGCACAGAAAAGCUGAUACGGCUGCCUCUUCAGAAGAGAAACCCGAAGGGCGAGAUGAGCAGCAGCAGCAGCAACAACAACAACAGCAGCAGCAGCAGCAGCAGCAGCAGCAGCAGCAGGAACUGCAGCAACAGGAGUCAGGGACCCGGCAGCAAGAGCAGCAGCAACUGCUGCAGCAGCAAAAUCGCUCCAUUCGUGAGGCGCUGCUGCUGGGGCAGCUGCCAGCCUCCUUGCAGCAGCACAUCAGCAGCAGCAGCAGCAGCAACAGCAACAGCAGCAGCAGCAGCAGCAGCAGCAGCAGCAGCAGCAGCAGCAGGGACGCAGCAGACGCGAGCCACAGCAGCAGCAGCACCACCACCAAUACCAGCAGCAACAGCACUCCUAACAACAACAACAGCAGCAGCAGCAGCAACAGCAGCAACAGCAGCAACAACAGCAUCAUUAGCCUCAGCAGCAUCAGCAGCAUCAGCAGCAGCAGCAGCAGCAGCAGCAGCAGCAGCAAGAAGCUUGCUGCAGUGUCUCAGCUGAUGAGCGAAGCAAUGGGGUGGAGACGCAGAGCCACGGAGGCCCUCAUUGGGGUUUUAGUAAGGGGGGAGCAGCAGCUGCAGCAGCAGCUCGUGCUGCUGCUGCAGCUGCUAGAAGACAGCAAAGCAGAAGAUGAACUCUGGCAGCAGCAGCAGCAGCAGCAGCAGCAGAAGCAGCAGAAGCAGCAGCAGCAGCAAAAGCACCAGCAGCAGGUUCAUGAAAGGUCAGCGCUGCGAAGCAGCAACACGCAGACAACCAGCAGCACACAGCAGCAGCAGCAGCAGCAGCAGCAGCAGCAGCAGCAGCAGGAGCAGGAACAAGAGCAUGAGAAGCAGGAGCAGCAGCAGCAGCAGCAGCAGCAGCAGCAGCAAAAGGAAGAAGAGCAGCAGGUUGAAUCUGAGCAGCAGUAUCUAACAGAGAAGCAGCAGAGGUUGCUGCUGCUAGAAGCAGAGCAGCAAGCUGUUGCUGCUGCUGCUGCUGCUGUUCGUCAGGUGCUGCAGCAGGCGCAGCAGGUAGCAGCAAAAUCACUGCAGCUGUACGCAAUAGAAAAAAAACUAUGGGAGCAGCAGCUUGCUGCUGCAGAGCAGCUGCUGCAGCAGCAACCUGCUGCUGCUGCUGCUGCUGCUGCUGCAGCCCCUUCAGCAGCAGCAGCACCUCCAACCCCAACAACCCCAGCAACAGCAGCAGCAGCAGCAGCAGCAGCAGCAGCAGCAGCAGCAGGAGCUCGGUCUAGAGAUACAUUCCCUUUGUCUUUUGCUGCUAUCCGCAGGAGCUCGGUCUAG